GGUACAGUAAUCAAUGUUGGUAGGCUUAUAUUACUUGAAAAAAACUGUGGAAUCCUAAACAUUGCAUGUCAAGUAUUUUAUCGCGAUAUCAAUGUGCAUACGAUCACUAUUUAUACAACCCUUUGAGGCGCCUUUUCUAUUCAAGCACAGCACAACUUUUGAACCUCCUGUACAUUAACGAAGUAACAUUCAUAAUGUCAAUCAAGAGACACGAAAGUGUUAGUAAUAUUCAUAAAUCUGCAGAGUGAACACCAUGACUGAGACUGAGCGGCCGAGUCGGUACUUUGUGCUGCACUUUCGACUAUUAAGGUUCUUGGGUUUAGGAUGGUGGCACCAGCCUGAUGAGGAGAACACGGAGAACUUCCCCAGCUGGUACUUGUACUACUCCAUCGCUACCCAAGUCAUCUGGGUCGCGGGCUUCGUUGGCCUAGAGACCAUCGAUCCCUUCGUCGGCAAAAAAGACCUCGACCGGUUCAUGUUCAGUCUCUCCUUCGUCAUCACCCACAACCUAACCCUCAUCAAACUAUGCAUUUUCUUCUUCAGAAAUGCUCAGAUACAAGCCAUAGUUCGAACUUUAGAAAUUGAAAUGUACGACUACUAUCAGAACGAAGAUAAAAAUAGGAAAACCGUACGUUUCUCUAAAAUUAUGACAGGGUCGUUCCUAUUCUUUGGAUGGAUGACUAUCGGUAACACAAAUGUUUACGGAACAAUACAAGAUAUAAAAUGGAAAGCCAUCGUCGCGAAUCUGAACGAUACAUCAGAGCGGCCAUUUCGGACUCUACCUCAGCCGAUUUACAUACCUUGGAAUUACCAGAAGGAUAGCUCAUUUAUACCUACGUUUGUUCUGGAGACCGUGGGGUUACUGUGGACUGGGCAUAUUGUCAUGACGAUAGACACGUUUAUUGCGUCAGUUAUCCUGCAUAUGAGCUCUCAGUUCGAGAUACUACACGAAGCAAUAACGACUGCAUACGAUCGCACAAUGGGAACUCUACGCCAAGGAUUACAUCAUGACGCAGUUAAUGUACCAGGGGGAGAAUCCAGCGCAAUCGACAUAGAUGAUAACAGUGAAAAAAUUGUUCAGUCGUUUUUCUCGAAAGAGGAAAUUGAAACUGCUCUACAAAAUACAUUUAGGGUUUGUUUUAAGCAACAUCAAGUACUUAUAAAUUGCGUCGAGUUAUUCUCCAGGACUUAUUCUUACGGGUUUAUGACUCAACUGCUAUCCAGCAUGGCUGCUAUUUGCGUUGUAAUGGUUCAAGUUUCGCAAGACGCAUCGAGUUUCAAGUCUGUUAAAUUGGUGACGUCAUUGGCAUUUUUUGUGGCCAUGAUCAUUCAGCUGGCGAUACAAUGCUUCACUGGAAAUGAGUUGACUCUACAGGCCGAGCGUAUAUCAGACGCGGUGAUGCAGUGCAAGUGGGAGCGGAUCCCUCCGCGACAACGACGUCUGCUGCUCAUGAUGAUGAUGAGGGCUCAACGUCCUCUGAGGCUGACCGCCGCUGGCUUCACUCACAUGGAUAACGCGUGUUUCCUUGCUAUAAUGAAAGCGGCCUACUCAUAUUAUGCAGUACUAAGCCAAAAGGAUGAAAAAGAAAAUACAAUUUAAUUGUAAUAUAAUUU